GCGCGGGCCCUGUUUCGUCCGCACUGAAAAAGUCUAGUGCAAACCCCUCGAUUCGCUCAUUUCGGUUCGUGCGCUCGUCGUGGUGAGGUGUUAUUUCCACAAGUCUCCCACAUAUUGCAUACGUCCGUGUAUGUUUGCGGGGCCCCUGUUAGUGUACUUUAAAAAUGCAGAAUUUAUUGAGAGUUGUGGGUUCUUCGUCGUUAAAACAAUGCCUUCGCACAAGCUCGAGAAGUCUGAAUACUGCGCAGCUAGUUUGCGGAACUCACUUUGACCGCGUCGUACCUUCCCGACAGGCGUUCAAAACCCGACAUAUUGGACCAAGCGAAGCGCAGAAGCAACAAAUGCUUGAAGUGGUUGGAUGCAAGGAUUUGGAAACACUUACAAAGAAUGCCAUCCCCAAAGAUAUUGAGCUGGGCAGAGACCUUCACCUGACAGAGCCACUUGAUGAAUACCAGCUGAUGGAAAGAGUUCAAGAAUUGGCAAAACAGAACAAAGUUUGGCGCUCCUUUAUUGGCAUGGGAUACUACAAUUGUCAUGUGCCACAUCCUAUACUCAGAAAUUUGUUUGAAAAUCCUGGAUGGUAUACUCAAUAUACUCCAUACCAACCAGAAAUUGCUCAGGGUCGUUUGCAAAGCUUGUUCAACUAUCAAACUAUGAUUGCUGAUUUGACGGGCCUUGAUGUGGCCAACGCUUCAUUGUUAGACGAGGGAACAGCAGCUGCUGAAGCCCUUGCCAUGUGUAGCCGGUCUAAUAAGAGAAAAGUAUUUUUAGUCUCAAACAAGCUUCAUCCCCAGACCAUCGCUUGCGUAGAAACCCGUUGCGAAGCCAUGGGUUUAAAAGUCAAAAUUGUGGAUUUCAACUCGGAAACAGAGAUCGAAAAAGACAUCUCGGCCGUUCUUUUCCAAUAUCCCGAUACGCAUGGCUCAAUCAAAGACUUUCAGAGUCUCAUUAACAAAACACACACCGCAGGGGCUUUGGUAUGCUGCGCUACAGAUUUGAUGGCACUCACGUUGAUAAAGUCACCUGGUGAAAUUGGUGCUGAUGUUGCAGUCGGUAACAGUCAGCGCUUUGGCGUCCCUCUCGGUUACGGAGGACCACAUGCUGCUUUUUUUUCCUGUAAAAAUAACCUCGUCCGAAUGAUGCCUGGUCGCAUGGUAGGUGUUUCGCGAGACGUGGACGGUAAAGACGCCUUCCGCUUAGCCCUUCAAACGCGUGAGCAACACAUUCGCCGUGACAAGGCCACCAGCAACAUUUGUACAGCUCAAGCCUUGCUUGCAAACAUGGCAGCUAUGUACGCAGUUUAUCACGGACCUGCAGGAUUGCAGAAGAUUGCUCAACGAAUUCAUCAUUCAACCAUUCUCUGUGCCAAAGGUUUGGAAGCUGGUGGUCACGUAGUACGCAAUAACCAUUACUUUGAUACGCUCAAAAUCAAGCCGUCAAUUCCCGUGCAAGAUAUUAAAGCACGGGCAGAGGCGCAAGAGAUCAAUUUCCGUUAUUUUCCCGAUGGAGAUGUUGGCAUCUCUGUUGAUGAAACCGUCCGCGAGAAAGAUAUUAACGAUAUUUUUAAUAUUUUUAAAGUGGAUUCUACUGCUGAACAAGUGUCACAAAAUCAGGAUGUUCUUUCAUUCAGUUUGGAACAUUCUCAGUGGAAAAGAACUAGUACGUACCUCACUCAACCCGUCUUCAAUUCACAUCAUUCGGAGACCCAGAUUAUGCGUUACAUGAAAUCGUUGGAAAAUAGAGACAUUUCCCUCGUUCACUCAAUGAUCGCUUUGGGUUCAUGCACGAUGAAAUUAAAUAGUGCUACUGAAAUGUUACCAUCCAGUAUGCCUGAAUUUGGCAACAUUCAUCCUUUCGCUCCGGUCAACCAGGUUGGGGGUUACCAUCAAAUGUUUAAAGAAUUGGAAGCCGACCUGUGUGAUAUCACAGGAUACGACAACAUUUCCUUUCAGUCCAAUAGCGGAGCCCAAGGAGAGUAUUCCGGACUCCGGGCCAUUAAAGCUUAUUUGAAUUCAAUUGGUCAGACGCAGCGUAACGUUUGUCUGAUUCCUGUAUCAGCCCAUGGAACAAAUCCGGCAUCAGCCCAGAUGGCCGGAAUGAUAGUCGAGCCCAUUAAUACAGAUAAGGCCGGCAGCAUCGACCUGGCGCAGUUGAAAGCAAAGGCUGAAAAAUACAAAGAUAGGUUAGCCUGCUUAAUGAUAACGUAUCCAUCAACUUAUGGCGUUUUUGAAGAAAAAGUGGUCGAAAUUUGUGAUGUUAUUCAUCAACGUGGUGGCCAAGUGUAUAUGGACGGGGCGAAUAUGAACGCCCAGGUAGCACUUUGCCGACCUGGUGACUUUGGCUCGGACGUAUCUCACUUGAACCUUCAUAAAACGUUUUGCAUCCCUCAUGGUGGUGGUGGACCUGGAAUGGGACCCAUCGGAGUGAAGAAACAUUUGGCUCCCUUCUUGCCGACUCAUCCCGUAGUCGAUCCACUUGCUGGAAAUUCUUCCCAGUCGUUUGGUGUCGUUAGUGCAGCCCCCUUCGGUUCACCCCUCAUUCUGCCCAUAUCAUGGUCGUACAUUAAGAUGAUGGGUGCUCGAGGUCUGAAAGAAGCCACACAAGUAGCUAUCUUGUCAGCUAAUUACAUGAGUCGCAUUUUGGAACCGCAUUACAAGAUAUUAUUCACCAAUCAACGUGGCUGGGUAGCCCAUGAAUUUAUCAUCGAUGUCAAGGAUUUCAAACGGACAGCCAACAUCGAAGCCGUAGAUAUUGCCAAGCGAUUAAUGGAUUAUGGUUUUCAUGCUCCUACAAUGAGCUUCCCAGUUGCCGGAUCCCUCAUGAUUGAGCCAACCGAAUCAGAAGAUAAGGAUGAGAUGGACAGGCUAUGCGAAGCUCUAAUCCGUAUUCGUCACGAGAUACACCAAAUUGAAAAAGGUUUAAUGGAUCCAGUGCGUAAUCCGCUUAAAAUGAGCCCUCAUACACAAGAACAGAUCAUCAACAGCAAAUGGGAUCGACCCUAUUCCCGAGAACUUGCGGCGUUCCCUGCGGCUUUCGUACGCCCUGAAACUAAAAUUUGGCCCAGAGUUGGACGCAUCGACGAUAUUUACGGAGAUCGUAACCUUGUGUGUACCUGCCCACCGAUGGAAUCGUACAUGAAUAAAGACUCUGACAGCGUUGAGGGGGUUGCUGCUGCUCGAGCGUAAUAGUUUGGGAAUGGGCUGUUGUAGAUUCUCAUUCCAAAUUAUUAUAAUUUUUGUGCUUAUUCUGAUCAUCUUUGCUCUAUUUGCCAUUUUUGUCUCGCCUUGGACAACAUACCGAAUUUCAAUAUUAUUUUUCUCCUUCAUCUGCCAUACAAAUAGCUCGUAAAUGGAUCCGGCAUUACUAAAUCUAAAUCAUCGAACGUGUUAAAUUUUAUGCAGAGUAAUACAAAUCACUAAGGCAUGUAUCAGGA